ACCUUUACGGCCUUUUUAUUGGCCGGUUAUUUUUCUGUGUGUUUCAUACCAGCCCUCACCAUGAAGGGUUUCACAGCCACUCUCCUCCUCUGGACUCUGAUUUCUCCCAGCUGCCGUGGAGGCGGCGGAGGGGGAGCCUGGCCCACACACACGGCCUGCAGUGACAGCGGCUUGGAAGUGCUCUACCAGAGUUGCGAUCCAUUGCAAGAUUUUGGCUUUUCUAUCGAAAAGUGUUCCAAGGAAUUAAAACCAAAUGUCAACAUUAGAUUUGGAAUUAUCCUGAGAGAGGACAUCAAAGAGCUAUUUCUUGAUCUAGCUCUCAUGUCUAAAGGCUCAUCUGUUUUGAAUUUCUCCUAUCCCAUCUGUGAGGAGGCUCUGCCCAAGUUUUCUUUCUGUGGAAGAAGGAAAGGAGAGCAGAUUUACUAUGCUGGACCUGUCAAUAAUCUUGGAAUUGAAAUUCCUCAGGGAGAAUACCAGGUUCUGCUGGAACUGUAUACUGAAAAACGGUCUACCGUGGCCUGUGCCAAUGCUACCAUCAUUUGCUCCUGACCAUGGCCUGUAGCAAAAAUCACAACCAGCUCCAUCUUAUGGGACCUCCAAGCCUCUCCGACUGAAUGUACUGCAUAGGGAGAAGCAGCCAAUGACAGAGAGAGGCCUUACAAAGAAGCCCCCAAAGAGUACAGUUGCUAAUUUUAGGGCCAGACAUCCCCAGACUAGACAUCCCCAGACUCCACAGAUGUAAUGAAGCCCCCAAAUGUAUCUCUUUCUAAGGGGCCUCUUGACAGUCCCUAAGCAGUCUCGAGCGUCCAUCCUUUUUCUCUAAUGGAUCACCUCACACCAGAUUCACCUGCUUUUCAGUUCCUUAGGAGUGCCUCCUCCCAGUUACCAAGAAUAAAGAAAGCUGGCCACCAU